ACGCUGAAACCCAGCCCGGCACGUGGGGUGCGACUCCGCUCCCUCCAGCCGCUUCCAGAUCGCGCCGGGAGGAAGAGGAAAGAGCCCCCACCCGGCUUCGGUCUUGGUCCCGGUCCCGGUCCCGCUCUCUCUGACCGAUCCGAGGAAGGAGGCGAGGAAUUGCGCGAGGCCGGCCGAGGCUCGCUGAGCUGCUUCCAUUCGUACCCGGGCCGCUUGGGAACACCAUGAGCGAACCACUCCGCUGAUCUUCAGAGUUUCCAAAGCUGGACGAAUACGGGAGUGAUGGUGGGGCGUUGUUUUUGUAGCAGCUGCUCUGAUCUGUGGGAAACUGCAUGACAACCGAGCGCUAGCCUGACAGCACAGAAAAAGAAAAACAAACAGACCAGACCAAAUGUACUUUGAUUUCUUUCUUUUUAUAGAGCUCCGAGGUCGUAGUGAGCCGCUCCCUUCAACUCCCAGAGAGGCUUUUGUGGCCCCUUAAAGACUGAAGGCUGCAUUCCUAAAGAGACCUAACCACAGAGUAAGCUUCAUUAGACAGCAUGGGAAUUACAUCUGAGUAAACAUGCACAGGAUUGCAUUGCGCCAGAUUUAGUAUAUAUCCCUGUAUAUGCUCUUUUGUGUUUGAGCAUCAAUGGCACCUUAGCUGUGGCAUCCACUUCCAUGCAUCAGAGCCCCACUGCAUCUUUUCAACGAAAGCUUGCAAUGCCAGAGCAAAAUCUGUGAAUGUUUAAGAUGCCACAAGAUUUUGUAGCUGUGUUCACUUCAAAGGACUAGCACAUCCGCCCUCUUAAUGCUCUUUCUGUAAUGCUUGUUGGUAUUACACAACUGUGUGGCUUACUUAAUUUGGAACAUAAACAAGCUUCCUUGCAGCAAGGUAGACCAUUGGUCUGUGCUUGGAGUCUACAGCAAUUCUGCAAGGUUUCAGACAUGAAUCUCUCCGUACUUAGAGAUGCCAGGAAUUGAACUGGGGACCUUUCCUAAAGCUUGCUUUGAGCUAGCUUCAAUCAAUGCUUGCUGAAGAAAUUAGUAUGGAUUAGAUGAUGCCUUUUCCUGGAUCAAAGAACUGUGCCUGCAUCAGAGCAUUCUUCGCCACACCUGUUCCAAGGUGUGCAGCCUGAUCCUAAGCAUCUUCACUCAGAGGGCAGUAAUCGCGGCUGCGGCGGCGGCUGGUGGACAGAACGUUCUGCUCCGCUCCUUUCUUUCCUUCCGGGUGGCGCUCCAUUGCAGUCUCUAAACAACAGAAGCAAACGAGAACGCCUGUGGCGGGCUUUGUCCCUAGACGCUCUCCGUACGACCGAUGCUCCCGGCUUCGCUCCUCUCGGAGCCUCUUUUCAAGAUGGCGGCUACACGGCUGGCUCUUUGCGGCCGGGUCUCUGCAGCCGGGUCGUGUGAGUGACACUUUGGCCAGCCUCGGUUUCUGGACCCCGCGCGCGCUCCGUCCCUCCUUCUCGUCGGACUGGGCUGCGCAAGAGCUCCCGCUGACGCUAUGCUCGCAUUGGUGCACGCAUGAGAGACUCCGUCGCCAGAGCCAUGGAGGAGCCGGAGCCUGAGUGCAGCUCCUCGGCCAGCAGGCAAGAGUGUAAGUUUGAAGAUGUCACUUGUAAGAUCUCCGACUCUGAUCCCGAGGAGUCAUCUGAUGAAGCAAAUACUGAAAUUUUCUAUGGAACCUCUCCUCCCAGCACACCGCGGCAGAUGAAACGCAUGUCAACAAAGCAUCUGAAAAAUAAUGUUGGAGGGAGAUCUGCCAGCCGUUCUGCUUUGAAAGAGAAGAUGAGCUCACCAAACCAGCUGUCUAACAAAGACAAUGUCAAACCCCUUGAGAACACAGAAGAGCACAGCUAUAAGCAGGGGAAAAAGAUCCGAGCCACACUAAGGACUACUGAAAGGGAUCACAAGAAAAACGUGCAGUGCUCAUUCAUGUUGGACUCCGUCAGUGGCUCCUUGCCAAAAAAGUCAAUUCCAGAUGUUGAUCUCAAUAAGCCUUACCUCAGCCUUGGCUGCAGCAAUGCUAAGCCUCCAGUAUCUGUACCUGUGCCUAUAGCCAAAACUACACGCCAGACUUCUCGAACUGAUUACCCAGCAGACCGCUUAAAGUUUUUUGAAACACUGCGGCUUUUGUUAAAGCUUACCUCAGUUUCCAAGAAAAAGGACAAAGAGCAGAAAGGACAGGAAAGCACUGCCUCUGUUGAGUUAAACCGAUCCAAUGAACUGAUCUGGCUUGAAUUGCAAGCUUGGCAUGCGGGCCGGACUAUUAAGGACCAAGACCUGUAUUUGUACACAGCCCGUCAAGCCAUCCCUGAUAUUGUCAAUGAAAUCCUUACUUUCAAAGUUAACUAUGGGAACCUCUCCUGUGUAGGAAAUGGAACUAGUCUUAAUGGUACAUCAGGAGGACAAUGUAAAGCAACCCAUGGAACUAGUGCUAUGGGUUACUCAAGCUACCAUGAACACCUCCAUCGCCAACGGGUCUCAUUUGAACAGGUAAAGCGGAUAAUGGAGCUGCUAGAAUAUGUAGAAGCACUUUAUCCAUCUCUGAAGGCCCUUCAAAGUGACUAUGAAAAGUAUGCUGCCAGGGAUUUUCAGGACAGGGUGCAGGCACUCUGUCUCUGGCUCAACAUUACAAAAGACUUAAAUCAGAAACUAAGGAUUAUGGGAACUGUUUUGGGCAUCAAGGAUCUCUCUGACAUUGGCUGGCCAGUGUUUGAAAUCCCUUCUCCUCAGCCAUUCAGACACAAUCCAGAGGAUGAGGAUGUAGAUGAGGACAGGGAAAACUCGGGAGCGUGCACAGAGGAAAGUGAAGAAGAAGAACAAAUCUCUGAGGAAAAUGUGGAAGAACUCAGACAAGCCAUCCAGAAUAAUUUUGCCAAUAAGUCAAAUUUUGACUUUGAGGCACAGGACCAUUUGUCAAAAAAGCUUGACAGGCUUGUAUCUGAGGAUGACUCAACUUGCUGGGCUGUCACAGAGUGCAGCAGUGAGGCAGACUGCAGUAAACACUGUUUGACUUCUAUCUAUAGGCCAUUUGUAGAUAAAGCACUGAAACAAAUGGGGUUACGAAAGCUAAUUUUAAGACUGCACAAGUUAAUGCAUGGUUCCUUGCAAAGGGCACGAAUGGCAUUGAUAAAGAGUGACCAGCAGUUGGAGUUUUCAGAGUACCCAGAUCCCAUUUUAUGUUCAGAUUAUGUGCAGUUGUCAAAUUCUCCAGCUUCUUCGGAUCAAAAAUGCAGUACUGUGUCAUGGGAAGAGCUGAAAUCUAUGGAUUUACCAUCUUUUGAGCCUGCAUUUCUAGUUCUUUGCCGAGUUCUUCUUAACGUUAUCCACGAGUGUCUCAAAUUAAGGCUGGAACAGAGGCCUGCUGGGGAGCCGUCUCUCUUGAGUAUUAAGCAGUUAGUACGAGAGUGUAAAGAGGUCCUGAAGGGUGGUCUGCUAAUGAAGCAAUAUUAUCAGUUUAUGUUACGUGAAGUGUUAGAUGACCUACAGAAGAACAACUGCAACAUUGACCCUUUUGAGGAAGAUCUGCAUAAGAUGUUGAUGGUUUAUUUUGAUUAUAUGCGAAGCUGGAUCCAAAUGCUACAGCAGUUACCUCAAGCAUCUCAUAGUUUAAAAAAUCUCUUGGAGGAAGAAUGGAAUUUUACCAAAGAAAUAACUCCUUAUAUUCGGGGCGGUGAAGCUCAAGCAGGAAAACUCUUCUGUGAUAUUGCAGGAGUUCUGCUAAAAUCAACAGGUAUCUUUUUGGACUCUGGCUUACAAAAGAGCUGUGACGAGUUUUGGGCUACUGCUGAUGACAGCCCUGCUUCAGAUGAAAUCAGGAGGUCUGUUAUAGAGACCAGCCGGGCACUGAAAGAGCUGUUUCAUGAAGCUAGAGAGAGAGCAUCCAAAGCUCUUGGCUUUGCUAAGAGAUUAAGAAAGGACCUUGAAAUAGCAGCAGAGUUCACAUUAUCUUCCCCUGUGUGUGAAUUCCUCAGUGCCCUAAAAGCUCAACAGUACACAAAGGUACAAAUCCCUGGACUUGAAAACUUACAGAUCUUUGUGCCAGGUAGCCUGGCAGGGGAGAAAACUAUUAUCCUGCAGUUGCUUAAUACCGCUGCAGGAAAGGACUGUUCAAAAGAUUCUGAUGAGGUUGCAGGUGAACCGUUCCUACUUAUGACAAAACAUAGUGAUAAAGAUCAUGAAGGUGAUAACAGCUGGAGCACUUGGGAAGGACAGCCUGUCAAAAUAGUCCCUCAGGUGGAAACUAUUGAUACACUUAGAAGUAUGCAGGUUGAUAACCUCCUCCUUGUAGUCAUGCAGCCUGUUCAUCUUGUGAACCAGAGAAAGGCUUUCCAACAGAUUCUUGAAGGGCUCAUCUCUUUACAUCAGGAACAAACAUCCAGCCAACCUAUCAUUGCCAAAGCUUUGCAGCAACUGAAGAGUGAUGCUUUGCUGCUAUGCAAUAAGAUAAGCUGUGCAAUUGGCAAAGUUGAUUCUAUGUUCACAUCUGAAUUUGAUGCAGAGGUUGAUGAAUCAGAAUCAGCCACUUUGCAGCAAUAUUAUCGGGAAGCCAUGAUUCAGUGUUUCAACUUUGGUUUUGAGUACCAUAAAGAAGUCAUUCGCCUGAUGUCUGGAGAAUUCAGACAGAAAAUUGGAGACCAGUACAUCAGUUUUGCACGAAGGUGGAUGACUUAUGUCCUUACUAAAUGUGAGAGUGGUCGAGGCACCAGACCCAGGUGGGCAACUCAGGGUUUUGAUUUUCUUCAAGCCAUUGAGCCAGCCUUUAUUUCAGCUCUGCCUGAAGAUGACUUUUUGAGUUUACAGUCACUGAUGAAUGAAUGUAUAGGCCAUGUCAUCGGGAAACCUCACAGUCCUGUUACAGGUUUGUACCUUGCUAUUCAUCGGAAUAACCCCCGACCUGUGAAAGUACCUCGGUGCCAUAGUGAUCCUCCAAAUCCUCACCUCAUCAUCCCAACGCCUGAAGGGUUCAGCACAAGGACUCUCCCAUGUGAUGUACGGAACCACUGCAGCCCUGCUCUUAGUCGCCCCACUCCUGUCAGUGGUGACUCAGCUCAGCCAAAACCUGUCAGCAGUGCAAAUGAUAUCAGGGGUUCAAGUGUCCCCGAAAAUGAUCGACUGGCUUCAAUCACAGCUGAGCUGCAGUUUAGAUCAUUAAGCCGCCACUCAAGUCCCACUGAAGAACGUGAAGAGCCGUCUUAUCCAAAAGGAGAUUCAAGUGGGCCAGCCCGAAGAAGUUGGGAGCUUCGCACCCUUAUCUGUCAGACAAAAGACACUGCUUCCCGGCAGGGACCCAUGGAAGCAGUUCAAAAAUCUGUUAUAUUGUUUGAAGAAAAGAGGUACCGAGAAAUGAGGCGGAAAAAUAUUAUUGGCCAAGUCUGUGACACUCCUAAAUGUUAUGAUAACGUCAUGCAUGUAGGCUUGAGAAAGGUGACCUUUAAGUGGCAGAGAGGAAACAAGAUUGGAGAAGGCCAGUAUGGCAAAGUCUAUACCUGUAUCAGUGUUGACACUGGCGAAUUGAUGGCCAUGAAAGAGAUAAGGUUCCAGCCAAAUGAUCACAAAACCAUUAAAGAAACGGCAGAUGAGUUGAAAAUUUUUGAAGGCAUCAAGCACCCUAACCUGGUUCGCUACUUCGGUGUAGAGCUCCACAGGGAAGAGAUGUACAUCUUCAUGGAAUAUUGUGAUGAAGGAACUCUGGAAGAAGUGUCAAGACUGGGCCUCCAGGAGCAUGUCAUUAGGCUUUACACGAAGCAGAUCACCACUGCCAUUAAUGUGCUGCAUGAACACGGCAUCGUGCAUCGAGACAUCAAAGGAGCAAACAUCUUUCUGACUUCAUCAGGGCUAAUUAAGCUGGGAGACUUUGGCUGCUCGGUAAAAUUAAAGAAUAAUACACAGACAAUGCCUGGUGAGGUGAACAGUACUCUGGGGACUGCAGCAUACAUGGCUCCUGAAGUGAUUACUAGAGCUAAAGGAGAAGGCCAUGGGCGUGCAGCAGACAUCUGGAGCCUAGGCUGCGUUGUGAUUGAAAUGGUCACAGGGAAGAGGCCAUGGCAUGAAUUUGAACACAAUUUCCAGAUCAUGUAUAGGGUAGGAAUGGGUCACAAACCUCCCAUACCAGACAGGAUAAGCCGAGAAGGGAAAGACUUUCUUUCUCACUGCCUGGAAAGUGAUCCAAAGAUGAGAUGGACAGCUAGUCAGCUCCUCGACCAUCCAUUUGUCAAGGUGUGCACAGAUGAAGAAUGAAGUUAAAACCAACAUGUCGCCUCCUGUCCUCUGGUGAAGUAGCUCUUAAUCACUACUGUAUGUAAUAUUUACAUAAAAGACUGUGCUGAAACACAGAAUACAACUCGAAACUUACCGUGACUGAAGACUGCACAAGUGACCUGGGUCACUUCUUCUGCUGCUCUUGUACGUUUUCCUUGGCACACGUCGCUCCCGUGACAACAUCCACGAGUUUAAAGAAGCUGCAUGUUUCAGUGAAAGUGCCAUUACUGCUGUAUAAUGGACCAUGUCCUGAUUUUUGUUCCUUCCCCAUUUCUCACAUGGCUGAGAACUGUAAUGUUGAUAUGUAGUAUUUUUGAACUUUCUAGGUUCGAAAAAGCAAAGGUUAGUGUUAUAUCAGGCGUUCUGAACCUUGUUUUUAAUCUCCUGUUUGUUGAGUGCACUGACUGUGAACUUCUACCUUUUCGUUUGUGUUUUUUUGUUUUGUUUUUUAUUGGCCAGCUUCAGAUUUGUUAUGCAAAGGCUGAUUGAUGAAAUUUAAAAGCUUUUCUCAAUAAAUGGUUUAUUUUAGGAA